UCCAUUAUGCUCGCAACAAUCCGAAGGUCCACUCCCUUCUAUGCUCUUACAUAUCUCUGGACCGGCGGAGUCGCUUUCAGUACGCCUUCUAUCGGUACCAGAGAUCUCAGUUCGGCCACUUCGCUAUGUUUGUCUCAGUUAUUGCUGGGGUGGACCGCAACCGCAAAUGACUACGCGUGCUCGAUUAGCCACAUACCUCCAAGAUAUCGACACCAAAACGCUUCCAGCAACGAUUGUUGAUGCUAUCAUCACAACAAGGAGCCUUGGCUUCGAAUAUCUCUGGACGGACUCUCUCUGCAUCGUGCAAGACUCUGCACAGUCAAAGUCUGUUGAGCUGGCAAAGAUGGCUUCCAUUUAUGCCGGUGGGGUCUGCACGAUAUGUGCUAUGUCGUCUCAAGCAGCAAGUGAGGGAUUCUUAGAAGCCAACGGAUGUUCUGAAAGUGGCACGGUCACACGCAACUUCAGGAUAGAAGACAUGGACAGUCAUCGCACUGUCAUCUUGGAAAGACAGAGCGACCUCAAAGAGCGCAAUCUCUUCGAGGAGCCCCUUCUGAGCCGAGCCUGGACUCUCCAAGAAUCCCUACUUAGCCCUCGCGUUCUGAUGUUCUUCGCUGGGGGUCAACCACCAUCGUUUAGGUGUUGCCAACACCCAAUUCGAGCAGAUGGUGGAGUCAUCGCCAGCUUUUCCAAAUCACUGUCCUCGAUCGACACGACAUGGACAGCGUUUGCGGAAUCCAAAGAUACUGACUCGUACAAAGUCCAAGACGAGUGGUGCGACACCGUUGCAGAGUACACACAAAGGUCGCUUGCCUUUUCCGAAGACAAGCUACCUGCGCUGUCAGGAAUUGUGGCUACAUAUGCCGAGCGAGUAGAUCUGGGCACGUAUCAUGCCGGGUUGUGGUCUAAGUCAAUACUGAUCGAUCUAAUGUGGCGUGUACCGAGAUUUAUUUCUCCACGCAAGGCUUACGAUAGCUACGUCGCGCCGUCCUGGUCCUGGGCUUCGCGUAGUCAUCGCGUUCGAUAUAACGCCAGGGGCUCAGAGUCAAGCGACGAUCUCUGUUCGCGCUUCAUCGCAUGUGAUGUUGCACUUGUGGAUCCUGCACUACCGUUUGGAGCGGUUAAGUCCGCGAGUCUUACUCUGGAAUGUGUUGCUGAAGAAGUCAAAAUGUCAGAUAUCAAGGAAAACGCUUCAUCAUCAGCACAGGUACUUGGAGUACUCUACCUCGCGAGUGUAAGGGGAUAUUCUGCCACAUUCGUUUUCGACGAUGAUCCCAUACCUGAGGGCCUCGACAAAGUUUGGAUGCUGAUCAUUGGCUCGGAAGAACCAUAUAACAACGCACAUGACAUCGGACUUGGAGUCGUGGAAUUGCACCCCCAGCCCGAGGACAACGAGAAAGCGUACAGACGUAUUGGGAUGUUCUAUAAUGGGCAGACAUCUUCGUUGCCACGCGGGACUCCGAUGCAGCGAUUCACACUUGUAUAAGUCCGUUGACUGGCGGGUACGAGCGCCUGUCUCAGUUUCAAUACACCUUCUUUGGAUUUUGACUCAUUCUAGCAAGAGCAGAAUAGUAAGCUCACCUAGCUUGCUAAGACUUGAACAUAUUUUGGUGUAUCGUGAAGCUAGUGGAAACCGAGCCGGGUCAGUCGAAGGAUACGAACCUGUGUACAACACCUCAACAGACUGUACUAUGGCUGCCCAGUCAAUUCGACAGUCAAGCUGGCUGUUCUCCGCUUCACUCAGCCCUCUCCACAGUUGAUGCUUCAAGCAAGCCAUACGUUGUUUCCAACGAGCAGCAUUACUGGGGUCGCCGCCCGGGUAGAUGAUAGAACCAUAUGGCUUUGCAGGUUCGUCAGCCAUGAUAGAGCUCCUUGUAGAGUAUCAGCUCGGAUUCGAUAAAUGCUUGCUGGAUUGACAGUAGAUAGUACUUGAUUAGAUAAGUACAACGAAUGUUAUCACAGAUUUUGGCGGUCGGA